AUGGCUCCUCCAGUUUGGACUCUGAUGCUGCUGGUGGGGGCUGCCUGGGGCCAGGAACAGGUGCCUAGCCCUGUGUGGAGACUGAACACUCCGGACCUGGAGCCGAUGGCGCACACUUUGAGGGAGAAUUCCAUUCUCUCCAAGUGUGACUUUGAAGACAAUUCCAGACCUUUCUGUGACUGGUCUCAAAUGUCUGAAGAUGAUGGGGACUGGGUUCGGACUACUGGGCCCUCCCUGACUGGCACUUCUGGCCCCCCUGGGGGGUACCCCAAUGGGGAGGGGUAUUACCUGCACAUGGAUCCCAAGACCUUUCCUCGGGGCGGAGUGGCACGCCUGCGUAGCCCUGACAUAUGGGAGCAAGGCCCGCUUUGCAUCCAUUUUGCUUUCCACAUGUUUGGGCUGUCAUGGGGCGCCCAGCUCAGACUGCUGCUGCUCAAGGGCCGGGAGCACCCCCGGCCCUACGUGCUCUGGAAACACGUGAACACCCAGAGUCCCUCUUGGAUGCCCACCACUGUCACUGUCCCAGCAGAUCAUGACAUACCAAGCUGGCUGAUGUUUGAAGGCAUUCGAGGAAGCACUGCCUACCUGGACAUCUCUCUGGAUGGCCUCUCUAUCCAGCGGGGUACCUGCAAUCGGAUCUGCAUGUCCCAGAUGUGCACCUUUGAUACUUUAAAUGAUCUCUGCGGCUGGAGCUGGGUCCCAACUGCCACCGGGGCUAAGUGGACCCAGAAGAAGGGAUCAUCAGGGAAGCCUGGUGUGGGGCCUGAUAAAGACUUCUCUAACCCUAGUAAUGGUUACUACAUGCUCCUGGACCCUACGAAUGCAAGGCCGGGACAGAAAGCUGUACUUCUGAGUCCCCUGAGCCACUCCAGCGGCUGUCUGACCCUAUCUUUCUACUACUUAAUUCGCGGCCAGGGACAUGAAGAAGCCCUUUUUGUCUAUGCUACAUUUUUGGGCAACAUCCGGAAACACUCUCUCUUCUCAGGACAUCCUGGACCUGACUGGCAGGCUGUGUCUGUCAAUUACACAGGACAGGGACAGAUACAGUUCAUGGUGGUGGGUGUGUUUGGAAGUGACCCAGAGCCAGCAAUAGCUGUGGACGCCAUCAGCAUUGCUCCCUGUGGGGAGACCUUUCCCCAGUGCGACUUUGAAGACAGAGUCCGCCAUUUCUGUGACUGGAACCAGGUGUAUGGUGACAUCGGACACUGGAGCUGGGGAAGUAAAAGUGUACCUACCCCCAUCUCAGGGUCCCCAAGAGAGUUCCCGUAUGGAGGGGAACAUUACAUUUUCUUCGAUUCAGUCAAGUUAUCCCAGGAGGGGCAGUCUGCCAGAUUGGUGAGUCCACCCUUCUGUGCCCCUGGGGACAUCUGUGUGGAGUUUGCUUAUCACAUGUAUGGCCUUGGAAAAGGUACCACGCUCAAGCUCCUGUUGGGGAGUCCUGCGGGUAGUUCUCCCAUUCUUCUGUGGAGCCGUGUCGGGUCUCAGAGCUCUGGCUGGAUGAACAGCUCUGUCACCAUCCCUAAGGGACAUCAUCAGCCCAUGCAGUUGUUUAUUGAGGCCACCCGGGGCACCAGCACUGCCUUUGUUGUCGCUCUGAACUUCAUCUUGAUCACUCAUGGACCAUGUCGGGCAUUGCUGCAGACAGAGAUUCCUUCCAGUCCUCUGCUUCCACCUACUGGCCCUUCUGAACCUACUGUCUUUACGCUCCUCACAGAGCAGCACACCACCCCUACAGAAGCAACCACUGUUGCCAUAGAAACAUCCACUACUCCCACGGAAGAGACCACCAUCCCCACAGAAACCACCAUUGUCCCCACAGAAGUGACUGCUGUUCCCAUGGAAGUGACCGCUCCCCUCAGAGAAUUGAUCACUGACUCCAUGGAAGUGACCAAUGUCUCUCCUGAAGUGAUCAUUGUCCCCACAGAAGUGACCAUUAUCCCCACAGUAGUGGCCACUGUUCCCACAGAAGUGACCACUGUAUCCACAGAAGUGACCACUGUAUCCACAGAGGUGACCACUGUCCCCACAGAAGUGACCACUGUAUCCACAGAGGUGACCAGUGUCCCCACAGAAGUGACCACUGUAUCCAUAGAGGUGACCACUGUCCCCACAGAAGUGAUCACUGUAUCCACAGAGGUGACCACUGUCCCCACAGAAGUGACCACUGUCCCCACAGAAGUGACCACUGUCCCCACAGAAGUGGCCACUGUCCCCACAGAAGAGACCAUCACUACAGAAGUUACCACUGUUCCUCCUGAAGAGACCACUCUCCCCAUAGAAGUGACCACUGUCCCCACAGAGGUGACCACUGUUCCCACAGAAGUGACCACUGUCCCCACUGGAGGGACUACUCUCCCCACAGAAGUGACCACUGUAUCCACAGAAGUGACAGGUGUUUACACGGAAGUGACCAAUGUCUCUCCUGAAGAGACCAGUGUCCUCCCUGAGGAAACGAUCCCUACAGGAAUAACUGUUUCUUCUGAAGAGACAACCACUGUCUCCACAGAAGUGACAGGUGUUCACACAGAAGUGACUAAUGUCUCUCCUGAAGAGACCAGCAUCCCUCCUGAGGAGACCACCAUCCCAACAGAAGUGACCACUACCCUUCCUGAAGAGACCACCAUCUUGACAGAAGUGACCACUACCCCUCCUGAAGAGACCACCAUCCCGACAGAAGUGACCACUACCCCUCCUGAAGAGACCACCAUCCCGACAGAAGUGACCACUACCCUUCCUGAAGAGACCACCAUCCCGACAGAAGUGACCACUACCCCUCCUGAAGAGACCACCAUCACUACAGAAGUGACCACUGUUCCUCCUGCCAGCAUCCCUCCUGAAGAGUCCACCACCCUGACAGAAGUGACCACUGUUCCUCCUGCCAGCAUCCCUCCUGAAGAGUCCACCAUCCCGACAGAAGUGACCACUACCCCUUCUGAAGAGAUCACCAUUCCUACAGAAGUGACCACUGUUCCUCCUGCCAGCAUCCCUCCUGAAGAGACCACCAUCCCGACAGAAGUGACCACUACCCCUUCUGAAGAGAUUACCAUUCCUACAGAAGUGACCACUGUUCCUCCUGAAGAGACCACCAUCACUACAGAAGUGACCACUGUUCCUCCUGCCAGUAUCCCUCCUGAAGAGAUCACCAUCCCUACAGAAGUGACCACUGUUCCUCCUGAAGAGACCACCAUCCCUACAGAAGUGACCACUGUUCCUCCUGAAGAGACCACCAUCCCUACAGAAGUGACCACUGUUCCUCCUGCCAGCAUCCCUCCUGAAGAGACCACCAUCCCUACAGAAGUGACCACUGUUCCUCCUGAAGAGACCACCAUCCCUACAGAAGUGACCACUGUUCCUCCUGCCAGCAUCCCUCCUGAAGAGACCACCAUCCCUACAGAAGUGACCACUGUUCCUCCUAAAGAGGUCACCAUCCCUACAGAAGUGACCACUGUUCCUCCUGAAGAGACCACCAUCACUACAGAAUUGACCACUACCCCUCCUGAGGAGACCACUGUCCCUACAGAAGUAACCACUGUCCCUCCUGAAGAGACCACCAUCCCUUCUGAAGAGACCACUGUCUCCAAUCAAGAGACCACUCUCCUUACAGAGCAAUCUACUGUCAUUCAGACAUCCACAGCAUGUGGACCACCCUGUCCAAGCCCUCCGCUCAUGUCCAUUGGACCAAGCCUUUCAAAGCCUCCAGGUGUCUCAGUGAUCAAUAUGGCCCCAACUACCACAGAGAGCUGCCCUCCAAAUUCCCACUUUGAAUUGUGUGCAUGCCCAGCAUCCUGUGAGAACCCCAAGCCCAGCUGCCAGUCCCCCUGCAUUCCUGGCUGUGUCUGCAAUCCUGGGUUUUUGUUUAGUAAUAACCAAUGUAUCAAUGAGUCUUCCUGCAAUUGCCCCUACAACAACAAGUAUUAUAAGCCUGGGGAAGAAUGGUUCACCCCCAAUUGCACAGAGCGGUGCCGCUGCUUGCCAGGCAGCCUGAUGGAGUGUCAGAUCUCUCAGUGUGGAACGCACACUGUAUGCCAGCUGAAGAGCGGUCAGUACCAGUGUGAGCCCUAUGGUAAGGCCACCUGUCUGGUCUACGGGGACCUUCAUUUUGUCACCUUUGAUGAGAGGCACAUUGGCUUCACGGGGACAUGUACCUAUAUCUUGACCCAAACCUGCGACAACUCCACAGACCCAUUCUUUAGGAUAACAGCAAACACCGAAGAACGUGGAGUAGAAGGUGUGUCCUGCCUGAACAAAGUUUUCAUCACCCUGUCGGAGACAACCGUUACCAUGAUCAGGGGCAGACACACAUUGAUUGGGGACCAGGAAGUCACCCUCCCAGUCAUACCUUCUGAUGACAUCUAUGUGGGUUUGAGUGGGCGAUUUGUCGAGCUGAAGACAACAUUUGGUUUGAGCGUGAGAUGGGACGGUGACCAGCAGCUUUUUGUGACUGUGUCCAGUACCUACUCAGGCAAACUCUGUGGUUUCUGUGGGAACUAUGACGGGGACAGCAGCAACGACAACCUCAAGUCAGAUGGCAUGAUGACGCGCGAAGAAGAGGAGCUGGGGCUGAGCUGGCAGGUGGAAAAGGAAGAGGACACGGACUGGGUCUCUUCCAGGUGUCAGAAGAAGAAGAAUCCCCCAUCUUGUGACCCUGCUUUGGGGAGCACUAUGUCGGGACCCGAGUUGUGUGGACAGCUUGUCAACCCAAGUGGACCCUUUGAGACAUGCUUGCUUCACCUGAAAGCCUCACCCUUCCUAGAUAACUGCGUGACUGACAUGUGUAGCUUCCAGGGUCUCCAGCAGAAGCUUUGUGAUCAUAUGUCAGCCAUGACGGCCACCUGCCAGGAUGCUGGCUAUCCCGUGAAGCCCUGGAGGGAACCCCAGUUCUGCCCCUUGGUCUGCCCUAAAAAUAGCAGGUACUCCCUAUGUGCCAAACCAUGCCCGGACACCUGCCAUCCUAGAUCUACUACCCAGCUCUGCUCAGACAAGUGUGUGGAAGCCUGCGAGUGUGACCCUGGCUUCAUCCUCAGUGGUUCUGAGUGUGUCCCUUCAUCCCAGUGUGGGUGCACCGACCUCCAGGGGCGCUACUUCAAGGUACAGGAGCAGUGGUUUAAUCCAGACUGCAAGGAGAUCUGCACUUGUGAAAGCCACAACAACACCCGCUGCAAGCCCUGGAAGUGUAAGGCUCAGGAGGCCUGCAGCCACAAGAAUGGCAUAUUAGGUUGUCAUGCCCAAGGUGCAGCCACCUGCAUCGCCUCUGGUGACCCCCACUACCUGACAUUCGAUGGGGCUUUGCAUCAUUUCAUGGGCACCUGCACUUAUGUCCUGACCCAGCCUUGCUGGUCCAAAUCUCAAGACAACAACUUUGUCGUGAGUGCCACCAAUGAGAUACACGAUGGCAACUUGGAAGUCUCCUAUGUCAAAGCUGUCCACGUGCAGGUCUUUGACCUCAAAAUCUCCCUGUUCAAAGGUCGAAAGGUUGUGCUGAACAACCAAAGGGUGGUGCUACCUGUGUGGCCUUCAAAAGGACGGGUGACCAUUAGAUUGAGUGGCAUCUUUGUCCUGCUCUACACGAACUUUGGGCUUCAAGUUCGCUAUGAUGGAAGGCAUCUGGUGGAGGUGACAGUGCCUUCCACAUAUACUGGCAAACUGUGUGGACUGUGUGGGAACUACAACAAUAACAGCAUGGAUGACAAUCUGCGUGCAGACAUGAAGCCGGCAGUCAACUCACUUAUGCUGGGAGCUGCUUGGAAAAUCCUUGAAGCCUCUGAUCCUGGCUGCUUCCUAGUCGGGGGCAAGCCCUCCCACUGCAUAGAGAGUGACAUGGACGACUCCUGGACUAAAAAAUGUGCCAUCUUGAUGAAUCCUCUUGGGCCUUUCUCCAAUUGCCACGAGGUGGUGCCCCCGCAGGCCAGCUUCUCCAGUUGUGUGUAUGGCCAGUGUGAGACCAACGGAGACAACCUAACCCUCUGCCGCUCCCUGCAGGCCUACGCAUCUCUGUGUGCCCAGGCCGGCCAGAUGAUUACCUGGCGAAACAGCACCUUCUGCCCUCUGAAGUGCCCACCCAAGAGCAGCUACAACCCAUGUGCCAACUCCUGCCCAGCCACCUGCCUUACCCUAAGCACCCCAAGAGAUUGCCCCACACUGCCCUGUGUCGAGGGCUGUGAAUGCCAGAGUGGCCACAUCCUGAGCGGAACCACCUGUGUGCCCCUCAGACAGUGUGGCUGCAGUGACCAGGAUGGCUCCUAUCACCUGUUGGGGGAGAGCUGGUACACAGAGAAGACCUGCACCACCCUCUGCACGUGCUCAGUCCACGGCAACAUCACCUGCAGCCCAACGUCCUGUAAGGCCAACCACGUGUGCUUGCGCCAGGAAGGGCUGCUACGCUGCAUUGCAGAGAUGGGAGAGUGUUACAUCUCAGAGGAUUCCCAGAUCGUUAGCUUUGAUGACCAUAGUCAUCCUAUCCAAGACACGUGUACUUACAUCUUGGUCAAAGUGUGCCACCCCAACACGAACCUGCCUUUCUUCACGAUCAGUGCCAAGACUGACAUAAAAAACAACAGCAACAACAAGACUUUUGGUGUCUAUCAGCUGUACAUUGACAUCUUAAACUUCCACAUCACUCUUCAGAAAGACCGUCUAGUCCUCGUAAGCUUUAUCAAUGACUCAAUCGUCACCCUUCCUGCCACCACCCAGAUCCCAGGAGUCAGUGUCAUGACUGAAGAUGUCUAUACCAUUGUCACAAUUAAGGAUGAAAUUCAAGUCAAGUUUGAGAGCAGUAAUUUCUUAGCUGUCAAAAUCCCUGCAUCAUCUAAUGGGAAGGUCUGCGGUGUGUGUGGCAAUUUCAACAGCGAAGAAGAGGAUGAGCUCAUGACACCCAGUGAUGAAUUAGCUGAGGAUGAGGAGCACUUCAUGAGUAGCUGGAAAGAUAAGAACAUUGACCCAAAUUGCCAGAAAAUCGAAGAGCAGGUCAUCCAAGUGGAACAGCUGGAGAUCAUGAAUGGAAAAUGCAAGCCCAUUGACUUUGAGAAAGCCCAGGCAAACUGCCAAACUGCCCUCCAGGGCCCUGCCUGGGCCCUUUGUUCCUCCCGGGUACCCAUCAAGCCCUUCUUGCUGAAGUGUAUGAACAGCUUCUGUGAAUUCAGAGAACUCUUUCGUGCUCUUUGUGAUUCUCUGCGGUCCUUCGAAGACGCCUGCCAGACCCAGGGCCUCAAGCCGCCUAUUUGGAGAAACAGCAGCUUCUGCCCUCUGGAGUGCCCAGCUCACAGUCACUACACAAACUGCCUUCCCUCCUGUCUGCCUUCCUGCUUGGACCCGGACAGCCGCUGUGAGGGCUCUGGCCACAAAGUCCCUGCCACCUGCAAGGAGGGCUGCAUCUGUCAACCUGACUAUGUGCUGAAUAAUGACAAGUGUGUGCUCAGAGCUCAUUGUGGCUGCAAAGAUACUCAAGGUGUUUUCGUCCCGGCAGGCAAGACUUGGCUAUCCAAAGACUGCACCCAGAGCUGUACCUGCAUACAAGGAACCAUGAGGUGCCAGGAUUUCCAGUGUCCCCCAGGGACUUACUGCAACAACAGCAGUGAUGGAGACAGUAACUGUGCCAACAUCUCUCUGCAGUGCCCGGCCCACAGCCAGCUCACAGACUGCCUUCCCCCCUGUCAUCCUUCCUGCUCUGACCCCGAUGGCCACUGCGAGGGCAUCAGCGCCGAAGCCCACUCUAACUGCAAGGAGGGCUGCGUGUGCCAGCCUGGCUACGUGCUGCAUAAUGACAAGUGUGUGCUCAGAAUUGAGUGUGGCUGCCAAGACACCCAGGGUGGCUUCAUCCCUGCAGGCAAGAACUGGACCUCCAGAGGCUGUUCCCAGAGCUGUAACUGCAUGGAAGGGGUCAUUCAGUGCCAGAGUUUCCAGUGUCCCUCGGGGACUUACUGCCAGGACAUUGAGGAUGGCACCAGUAACUGUGCAAAUACGACUCUGCAGUGCCCGGCCCACAGCAGCUUCACCAACUGCCUACCUCCUUGUCUACCCUCCUGCUUGGACCCGGAAGGCCACUGUGAGGGCUCCACCACCAAAGACUCCUCCACCUGCAAGGAGGGCUGUGUCUGUCAACCUGACUACGUGCUGCUUAACAACAAGUGUGUGCCCAGAAUCGAGUGUGGCUGCAAAGACGCCCAGGGUGUUCUCAUCCCCGCAGACAAGACCUGGAUCAACAAAGACUGCACACAAAUCUGUACCUGUGUGACAGGGACCAUCCACUGCAGGAAUUUUCAGUGUCCCUCAGGGACCUACUGCAAGGACAUCGAGGAUGACACUAGCAACUGCACCAAAAUCACUGUGCAGUGCCCGGCCCACAGCCUCUACACCAACUGCCUUCCCUCCUGCCCACCUUCCUGCUCGGACCCAGACAGCCUCUGUAGGGGUAUCAGCCCCACAUCCCCCUCCACCUGCAAGGAGGGCUGUGUCUGUGAACCUGACUACGUGCUGAGUGAUGACAAGUGUGUGCCCAGAAUUGAGUGUGGCUGCAAAGAUGCCCAGGGUGUUCUCAUCCCCGCAGAUAAGGCCUGGAUCAACAGAGGCUGUACCCAGAGCUGCACCUGCAAGGGAGGGGCCAUCCAGUGCAAGAAUUUCCAGUGUCCCUCAGAGACUUACUGUGAGGACAUCGAGGAUGGCAACAGUAACUGCACCAAUAUCACUCUGAAGUGCCCGGCCCACAGCCACUACACCAACUGCCUUCCCCCCUGUCAGCCUUCCUGCUCGGACCAUGGUGGCCACUGUGAGGGUUCCAGUACCAAAGCCCCCUCCACCUGCAAGGAGGGCUGUGUCUGUGAACCUGACUACGUGCUGAGUGAAGACAAGUGUGUGCCCAGAAUCGAGUGUGGAUGCAAAGAUGCCCAGGGUGUUCUCAUCCCCGCAGGUAAGGCCUGGAUCAACAGAGGCUGUACCCAGAGCUGCACCUGCAAGGGAGGGGCCAUCCAGUGCCAGAAAUAUCACUGUCCCUCGGGGACUUACUGCAAAGACACGAAGGAUGACAACAGUAGCUGUGCCACAAUCACUCUGCAGUGCCCAGCCAACAGCAGCUUUACCAACUGCCUACCUCCGUGUCCACCUUCCUGCUUGGACCCGGAAGGCCACUGUGAGGGCUCCACCACCAAAGACUCCUCCACCUGCAAGGAGGGCUGUGUCUGUCAACCUGACUACGUGCUGCUUAACAACAAGUGUGUGCCCAGAGUCGAGUGUGGCUGCAAAGACGCCCAGGGUGUUCUCAUCCCCGCAGAUAAGACCUGGAUCAACAGAGGCUGUACUCAGACCUGUACCUGCAUGGGAGGAGCCAUCCAGUGCAGGAAAUUUCAGUGUCCCUCAGAGACUUACUGCAAGGACAUCGAGGAUGGCAACAGUAACUGCACCAAUAUCCCUCUGCAGUGCCCGGCCAACAGCAACUUCACCAACUGCCUUCCUUCUUGUCAGCCUUCCUGCUCUAACAUGGAUGUCCACUGUGAGGAAUCCAGCCCCAAAGCCCCCUCCUCCUGCAAGGAAGGCUGCGUCUGUCAGUCUGGCUACGUGCUGCAUAAUGACAAGUGUAUACUCAGAAAUCAGUGUGGCUGCAAAGAUGCCCAGGGUGCUCUCAUCCCAGAAGGCAAGACCUGGAUCACCAGAGGCUGUUCCCAGAGCUGUACCUGCAUGGGAGGGGCUAUCCAGUGCCAGAAUUUCCAGUGUCCCCCAAGGGCUUACUGCAAGGACAUGGAGGAUGGCAACAGUAACUGCACCAAUAUCCCUCUGCAGUGCCCGGCCCACAGCAGCUACACCAACUGCCUUCCGUCCUGUCCACCCUCAUGCGUGAACCCGGAGGGCCUCUGUGGAGGCACCAGACCUAAAGUCCCCUCCACCUGCAAGGAGGGCUGUGUGUGCCAGCCUGGCUACCUAAUGCAUAAUGACAAGUGUGUGCUCAGAAUUUUCUGUGGCUGCAAGGACACGCGGGGUGCUCUCAUCUCAGCAGACAAGACUUGGCUCUCCAGAGGCUGUACCCAGAGCUGUACCUGCUCAGCAGGGGCCAUCCACUGCAGGAAUUUCCGGUGUCCCUCAGGGACCUACUGCAAGAAUGGGGAUAGUGGCAGCCCUAACUGCACGAAAAUCCCUCUGCAAUGCCCAACCGACAGCCAAUUCACAGACUGCCUUCCCGUCUGUCUCCCUUCUUGCUCCAACCGCUGUGAGGUCACCAGCCCCAGUGUCCCCUCCAGCUGCAAGGAGGGAUGUCUCUGCAACCGUGGCUUUGUGUUCAGUGAGGACAGAUGUGUGCCCAGAACUCAAUGUGGCUGUAAAGAUGCCCGGGGUGGCACCAUUCCGGCAGGCAAGACCUGGACUUCCAAAGGCUGCACUCAGAGCUGUACCUGCAUGGGAGGCAAUAUCCAGUGUCAGGAUUUCCAGUGUCCCCCAGAGACCUACUGCAAAGACAACGGUGAUGGCAGCAGUACCUGUACCAAAAUCACUCUGCAGUGCCCGGCCCACACCCAGUACACCAGCUGCCUUCCCUCCUGCCUGCCUUCCUGCUUGGACCCAGAAGGCCUUUGCAAAGACAUCAGCCCUAAAGCCCCCUCCACCUGCAAGGAGGGUUGCAUCUGCCAAUCUGGCUACGUGCUGAACAGUGACAAGUGUGUCCUCAGAGUUGAGUGUGGCUGCAAAGACACCCAGGGUGCUCUCAUCCCGGUAGGCAAGACCUGGACCUCCCCGGGCUGUACCCAGAGCUGUACCUGCAUGGGAGGGGUUGUUCAGUGCCAGAAUUUCCAGUGUCCCUCGGGGACUUACUGCAAGGACAGCAGUGAUGGCAGCAGUACCUGUGUCAAAAUAACUCUGCAGUGCCCAGCCCACAGCCUGUUCACUGACUGCCUUCCCUUUUGUCUGCCUUCCUGCAUGGACCCGGAGGGCCUCUGUAAGGGAGCCAGUCCCAAAGUCCCCUCCACUUGCAAGGAGGGCUGCAUCUGUCAGUCUGGCUACGUGCUGCGUAACGACAAGUGUAUACUCAGAAGUCAGUGUGGCUGCAAAGAUGCCCACGGUACUCUCAUCCCAGAAGGCAAGACCUGGGUCUCCAGAGGUUGUACCCAGAGCUGUGUCUGUACAGGAGAAACCAUCCAGUGCCAGAAUUCCCAGUGUCCCCCAGGGACUUACUGCAAGGACAAUGAGGACGGCAGCAGUAACUGUGCCAACAUCAGUCUGCAAUGUCCAGCCAACAGCCACUACACGGACUGCUUUCCUCCCUGUCCACCUUCUUGCUUGGACCCAGAGGGCCACUGUGAAGGCACUGGCCCCAGAGUCCCCUCCACUUGCAAGGAAGGCUGCCUCUGCCGCCCUGGCUUUGUGCUUGACAGGGACAAGUGUGUGCCCAGAAUUGACUGUGGCUGCCAAGAUGCGCAGGGUGAUCGCAUCCCAGCAGGCAAGACCUGGACCUCCCCAGGCUGUACCCAGAGCUGUGUCUGCAUGGGAGGGGCUGUUCAGUGCCAGAAUUCCCAGUGUCCCCCAGGGACUUACUGCAAGGACAAUGAAGACGGCAGCAGUAACUGUGCCAAAAUCACUCUGCAGUGCCCCGCCCACAGCAACUACACCGACUGCCUUCCCGCCUGUCUCCCUUCCUGCUCGGACCCCAGUGCCCUCUGUGGGGAGACCAGCCCUAAAGUCCCCUCUACUUGCAAGGAGGGCUGCAUCUGUCAACCCGGCUAUGUGCUGGAUAAAGACAAGUGUAUCCUUAAAAUUGAGUGCGGCUGCCGAGACCCCCAGGGUGCUGUCCUUCCGGCUGGGAAGACCUGGCUCUCCCCAGGAUGUACCCAGAGCUGUGCUUGCGUGGAAGGGGCUGUUGAGUGCCAAAAUUUCCAGUGUCCCUUGGGAACAUACUGCAACAGUAGCAAUAACUGUGCCAAAAUACCUCUGCAGUGCCCCGCCCACAGCCACUUCAUCAGCUGCCUCCCCCCCUGCCUACCUUCCUGUUCCAACCUGGAUGGCCACUGUGUCCCCAAAGUCCCCUCCACCUGCAAGGAGGGCUGCCUCUGUCAACCUGGCUACUUCCUGAAUAAUGACAAGUGUGUGCUCCAAAUUCACUGCGACUGCAAAGAUGCAGAGGGUGGCCUCGUUCCGGCUGGCAGGACCUGGACCUCCAAGGACUGUACCCAGACCUGUGCCUGCACAGGAGGGGUUGUUCAGUGCCAGAAUUUCCAGUGUCCCUUAGGGACUUACUGCAAGGACAGUGGUGAUGGCAGCAGUAACUGCACCAAAAUCCAUAAGGGACCCAUGGAGGAAGAGAGGGAAAGUGUGCUCAUGGCCGGAGGGAUUGGAGCUCUGCAGUGCCCGGCUCACAGUCACUUCUCCACCUGCCUCCCCUCCUGCCCACCUUCCUGUUCCAAUCUGGAUGGCAGUUGUGAGGAGUCCAACUUCAAAGCCCCCUCUGUCUGCAAGGAGGGCUGCAUCUGUCAACCCGGCUACUUGUUAAGUGACAAUGAGUGCGUGCUCCGAGCUCAGUGUGGCUGCAAAGACGCCCAGGGUGGCCUCAUUCCCGCAGGCGGGACCUGGAUCUCCGGUGGCUGUACUCAGAGCUGUAACUGCAUGGGAGGGGCCAUCCAGUGCAGGAAUUUCCAGUGUCCCCCAGGCACUUACUGCCAGGAGAACAAUGAUAGCAGCAGUACCUGUGCCAACAUCACUCUGCAGUGCCCCGCCCACAGCCACUACACAAACUGCCUCCCCGCAUGCCCACCAUCCUGUACUCAUCUGGAUGGCCACUGUGAAGGCACCAGUCCCACAGUGCCGUCUCCCUGCAAGGAGGGCUGCCUCUGUCAACCUGGCUAUGUGAUGCACAAUCACAAGUGCGUGCUCCAGAUUCACUGUGGCUGCAAAGACGCCCAGGGUGGCUUCAUCCCGGCAGGCAAGACCUGGAUCUCCAGUGACUGCACCCAGAGCUGUACCUGCAUGGGUGGGGCUGUCCAGUGUCACAACUUCACCUGCCCCCCAGAGACUCAGUGCUGGAACAGUAACUGUUCCAAAAGCACUGUACAGUGCCCAACCCACAGCCACUACACCACCUGCCUCCCUUCGUGUCUACCGUCCUGCUUUGACCCAGAAGGCCUCUGUGGGAGCACCAGCCCAACGGCCCCCUCCACCUGCAAGGAGGGCUGUGUCUGUCAAUCUGGCUACGUGCUGGCUAAUGACAAGUGCGUGCUCAGAGCUCAGUGUGGCUGCAAGGACACCCAGGGUGACCUCGUCCCGGCAAACAAGACCUGGCUCACCAGAGGUUGUACCCAAAAGUGUACCUGCAAAGGAGGGGACAUUCAUUGCCACAAUUUCAAGUGUCCCUUAGGGACUGAAUGCAAGGACAGUGUUGAUGGCAGCAGUCACUGCGCCAAGAUUGCUCUGAAAUGCCCAGCCCACAGCCACCACACCGACUGCCUUCCUGCCUGUAUCCCAUCCUGCUCCAACGUGAAUGACCGCUGUGAGGCCACCCGCCUCACAAGGCCCUCUACCUGCAUCGAAGGCUGCCUCUGCCAGUCUGGCUUUGUGUUCAAUAAGGACAAAUGUAUACUCAGAACUCACUGUGGCUGCAAAGACUCCCAGGGGACCCUCAUUCCGGCAGGCAAGAACUGGAUUACCUCGGGCUGUUCCCAGAGAUGUACCUGCAUGGGAGGACUUGUUCAAUGCCACAACUUCGAGUGCCCCUCAGGGACUGAGUGCCAGGACAUCGAGGACGGCAACAGUGACUGUGUUGACAUCACUGUAGAGUGCCCGGCCCACAGUCACUACUCCAAAUGCCUUCCCUCCUGCCUGCCCUCCUGCUCGGACCCAGACGGCCUCUGUAGGGGCACCAGCCCCACAGCCCCCUCCACCUGCAAGGAGGGCUGUGUCUGUGAACCUGACUACGUGCUGAGUGAAGACAAGUGUGUGCCCAGAAUUGAGUGUGGCUGCAAAGAUGCCCAUGGUGUUCUCAUCCCGGAAGGCAAGAUGUGGAUCUCCAGGGGAUGUACCAAGAACUGCUCCUGCAACGGAGGGACCAUUCAGUGCCACGACUUCAGAUGCCCAACAGGGUCCCGUUGCAAGGACAAUAAAGAUGGCCACAGUAACUGUGCCUCCUAUGCUCUGAAGUGCCCGGCCCACAGCCUCUACACCGACUGCCUUCCCGCCUGCCUGCCUUCCUGCUCGGACCCUGAGGGCCUCUGUGGGGGCACCAGCCCUGAGGCUCCCUCCACCUGCAAGGAAGGCUGCUUCUGUCGAUCUGGCUACGUGCUGCAUAAACACAAAUGCAUGCUUAGAAUUCACUGUGACUGCAAAGACUUCCAGGGUAGCCUCAUCCGGACCGGCCAGACAUGGAUCUCCUCUGGGUGUUCCAAGAUUUGUGCAUGCAAGGGAGGGUUCUUUCAGUGCCAAAGUUACAAGUGCCCCUCAGGGACCCAGUGCGAGGAGAGUGAAGACGGCAGCAGUAACUGUGUCUCCAGCACUCUGAAGUGCCCGGCCAACAGCCUCUACACCCACUGCCUUCCCUCCUGUCUACCUUCCUGCUCCAACCCCGAUGGCCGCUGUGGGGGCACCAGCCACGAAGCCCCCUCCACCUGCAGGGAGGGCUGUGUCUGUCGACCUGGCUACCUGCUCAAUAAGGACACGUGUGUGCACAAAGACCAGUGCGGCUGUAAAGAUAUCAGGGGUGACAUCAUCCCGGCAGGCAAGACCUGGAUCUCCAGCGGCUGCACCCAGACCUGUGCCUGCACGGAUGGGGUCAUCAAGUGCCAGAAUUUCAUCUGCCCGUCAGGGUCCCACUGCCAGCACAACGACGAUGGUAGCAGUGACUGCGCAGCCAACAAACUGGAAAAAUGCACCAUCUUUGGGGACCCCUAUUACCUCACGUUUGACGGCUUCACCUACCACUUCCUGGGUCGUAUGAACUACUAUCUCAUAAAGACAAUGGACGAGCUCCCGAAAGGGAUUGAGCCCCUGAUCAUGGAGGGUCGUAACAAAGUAUCCUCCAAAGGUAGUUCAACCUUGUGUGAAGUGACCACCAUCGUCUAUGGCUAUAAAAUCCAGCUCCAAGAAGACCUGGUGGUUUUGGUCAACAAUGAAAAGGUGACGGUCCCCUACAAUCCGAACGAGCACCUGCGGGUCAUCUUGCGGGCUCAGCGGCUGCUGCUUGUCACUGACUUUGAGAUGGUGGUGGACUUCGAUGGAAAGCACAGUGCAGUGAUCUCCUUGCCUACCACCUACCGUGGGCUGAUACGGGGCCUGUGUGGAAACUAUGACAAGGACCAAACCAAUGAGUUCAUGUUGCCCAGUGGAACCAUCACCUCAAGUGUCCACGUCUUUGGCAACAGUUGGGAGGUGAAGGUGAUACAUGCCUUCCUCCGAUUCCCAAGGGCCCUACCAGAAGAAGAGGGAAGAAACGAAGAGCCUGACCUUCUCCAACCAGAAUGCAGCCCAGAGCAUACUGCGCUCAUCAGUAGCACCCAGGCCUGUAGGGUGCUUGUGGACCCCCAGGGCCCCUUUGCUGCUUGUCACCAGAUUAUAGCCCCAGAACCCUUCGAGCAGCGCUGUAUGUCCGAUAUGUGCACUGGCUGGAAGACCAAAGAAGAAGAGGAACUUCGAUGCAGAAUCCUCAGUGGCUAUGCCAUCAUUUGCCAGGAGGCAGGGGCCAACAUGACUGGUUGGCGGGACCACACACACUGCGCCAUGAAAUGUCCUGCUAAUACUGUGUACCAGCGCUGCAUGACACCCUGCCCAGCAUCCUGUGCCAAAUUUGUGACCCCCAAGAUCUGUGAAGGCCCCUGCGUGGAAGGCUGUGCCAGCCUCCCAGGCUACAUUUACAGUGACACGCAGAGCCUCCCAGUGACACACUGUGGCUGCACCACCGAUGGCAUCUAUUACAAGCUUGGUGACAGCUUUGUAACUAGCGACUGCUCCCAGCACUGUACCUGUGCAAGCCAGGGGAUCCUGCUGUGUGAGCCCUAUGGCUGCAGAGCUGGGGAGUCCUGCAUGGUGGCCAACUUUACUCGAGGCUGCUACCAGGACAGCCCGUGUCUACAGAACCCCUGUCACAAUGAUGGCCAGUGUGAGGAGCAGGGGGCUACCUUCAUCUGCCACUGUGACUUCGGUUAUGGAGGAGAAUUCUGCACAGAGCCUCAAGAUAUCAUGACCAGAAAAAAGCUAGAAACAUCCAGAUUAGUGGCCAUCCUGCCAGGAGUGCUUGUGAUGGUGUUAGGCCCUGUCUUACUGCCCAGAGUGUAUGUUUACAUGAUGACAAGAACUACCUUGGCGAGGAGGAGGAGGAGGAGGAGGAGGAGAGGGGAGAAACUGUUGAGACAAAGCACACUUAGGCUGGACACAGAUGUUCCAGCGCCUACCUUCAAAGCCACCGAGCUCUGAGUUGUCCUCAAA